UUCACCUAAUGAGCAAUCACACCCUCCUCUAUAUUAACCCAAACAAUUCUUGACUCUUUCCUCCAUAUCUCCUACCAUUUCCCAUAUCCAUGGCUUCUCUUCAUCUUCCCUCUUCUCUUGCUUCAAUGGCGGUUUCUUCGGCUUUGCUCUUGGCUUUCUGCAUUGCAAUAUUGAUGAUGCCACAGUUUGCUGAAUGCAGAACAAGGCACUACACUUUCAAUAUUAAGAACCACACUAUUACAAGAUUGUGCCAUACCAAGAGCAUCGUAAGUGUGAAUGGGAAAUUCCCCGGACCUCCAUUAGUGGCAAGAGAAGGCGAUCGAGUAAUCAUCAAGGUGGUUAAUCAUGUCUCAAGCAAUGUCACCAUUCACUGGCAUGGAGUUCGGCAACUGAGAAGUGGUUGGGCUGAUGGACCGGCAUACGUGACACAAUGUCCAAUUCAGACUGGGCAGACAUACGCAUACAAUUUCACAAUCACAGGGCAAAGAGGGACUCUUUUAUGGCAUGCACAUAUAUCUUGGUUGAGAUCUACCCUCCAUGGACCUAUCAUUAUCCUCCCUAGGCGCAAUGAGUCUUACCCUUUUGACAAACCUUACAAGGAAAUUCCCAUUAUUUUGGGAGAGUGGUUUAACGUAGACCCAGAAGAUGUGAUUAACCAGGCGCUUCAGCUUGGAAAUGGACCUAACGUCUCCGAUGCAUUCACCAUCAAUGGUUUUCCAGGGCCAUUGUACAACUCAUGUUCAUCAUCUAAUGAUACAUUCAAACUAAAAGUGAUCCCAGGAAAGACAUACCUUCUCCGAAUAAUCAACGCUGCACUCAACGACGAGCUCUUCUUCAGCAUUGCUAAUCACACACUCACCGUCGUCGAAGCCGACGCUGCCUACGUCAAACCAUUCCAAACCAACAUCCUUCUCAUUGCCCCAGGCCAAACCACCAACGUUCUCCUUCAAACCAAGCCCAUACCUCCCAACGCCACUUUCCUCAUCGCCGCCAGUUCCUAUUUCACCGGACAAGGCACCGUCGACAACACCACCACCUCCGCCAUCCUCCAAUACCACAAACCCCUCACUCAUUCCAACGUUUCACCCCACAAUUUGACCCUUUCCAGGCCCUCUCUCCCACCUGUCAACGCCACUAAAUUCGUCAACGUCACCCAGUUCGUCGCUAAUUUCACCGCAAAGUUCCGAAGCCUGGCCAACAGUAAAUUCCCGGCCAACUUUCCCAAAACCGUCGACAGGAAGUUCUUCUUCACCGUCGGACUCGGGACGAACCCGUGUCCUAAGAACACGACGUGUCAAGGUCCGAAUGGUCAGAAAUUCUCGGCCUCCGUGAACAAUAUCUCGUUCGUGCUCCCUUCCACGGCGAUUCUUCAGGCUUACUAUUUCGGACAGCCGAAGGGGGUUUACACGACGGAUUUCCCGGCGAAUCCUCACCCGUCGUUUAACUACACAGGAACGCCGCCGAACAAUACGAUGGUGAGCAACGGGACACGUGCGGUGGUGCUGGCGUUCAACACUAGCGUAGAGGUGGUGCUGCAGGACACGAGUAUCCUAGGGGCGGAAAGUCAUCCUCUCCAUCUUCAUGGAUUCAAUUUCUUUGUUGUGGGUCAAGGGUUCGGAAACUUCGACCCAAAUAAAGAUCCGGCUAAGUUUAAUCUUGUGGAUCCUGUUGAGCGAAACACCGCCGCUGUUCCUUCCGGUGGUUGGAUUGCAUUUAGGUUCUUUGCAGACAACCCAGGGGUGUGGUUUAUGCAUUGUCAUCUGGAUAUCCAUACGAGCUGGGGGCUAAGAAUGGCAUGGAUAGUCUUAGAUGGACCCCAACCAAACCAGAAGUUACCACCUCCACCGUCCGAUCUUCCUAAAUGUUGACCUUGACUGACCAUCUUCCGGAAGUGCAAUUUUCAUUUUCGAGUGAUCUUUGAAUGAUUCAUUUUUUUUUUUCUUUAUUUACUUCUUUGAUCAAUAAUAAAUCACGAUUCUUUUGAUGUGUGAUUGAUCAAGAAAAAAAAAAAAAAAACAAAAAAUCUGGCUCCCCAAUGGUUUUUUCUUUUUUGGUUGGUGGUUGGAGAAAAGAGGAAAAAAAAAAAAAAAAGGGAAGAAAGGAGAACAACUCCCUUUGUGUACAUUAAAUGGUGUUUACUGUUAUAUUAAAAUAAUCGAUGAGUUUUUUUGCA